AUGUUUGGAGUUCGGCUCGCUUCAGUUCUUCCAAAGCAACCGUUUGGGGUUACAGCGGUCGCGGAAGAAAGUGUAAAAUUUAAAGUUCCCCCAAGGCUACAUGACUUAAAAUCUCGAAUUUCUCCGGCACCUCGAAGUUUUUCUCCUGAUCAAAAAGAACAAAAUCAAGAGGAAUCAAAAAUUCUUAGAAAAUUAACUGAAUUGCAAGGCCGCGAAUGUCCCGGUGAUUACGAAAAGUACAUUGUUCUUGAUGAACGAGAUAAACUUCUAUGCCAGUUAAGAGAAGUAAAUCCAAAACUGAUCGCGCGAAUUGCGCGAUGUGAAGAAUUAUGCUCUGAAAAAGAACGAUAUGUGCGCAUCACUCAAAAUCGAGUCGCAGAGUUUGAAUGCGAUGAAGAAACGGGCGAACCGAUUCAUGAAAUGAUGAUUAAAGAGUACGCACGUUCCGCUGCUGAUCAGGAAAAGUCUCUGCCGCAUGAGCUUCGUUCUGAGAAAAUGAUGAACCAGACUAUGUCACACUUAUUGCACAAUUUUCUCAAUGAGCUGCCCAAAACCGAAGUCGAAAAAGCUUCUUGGUACAACUUUUUAUGGAGUCGAACUCGUGCUAUUCGGAAAGAAGUCACCCAAUUGUCGAUGUCUGACCCUCUUGCGGUGAAACUCGUCGAAAGAUGUACAAGGCUUCAUAUUCUUUGUGGAUAUAUCCUCUGCACACUUGAGACAGAACAUUUCGACCAAAAAAUGAAUAAUGAAAACCUGGGAAAAUGUCUUCAAACUCUAAGACAUUUGUAUGAAGAUUUCGAAAGAAGAGGUAUUCCUUGUGAAAAUGAAGCCGAGUUUCGCGCAUAUGAUGUCAUGAUGUAUAUGAAUGAUCCCAACGUUCUUUCGCAGGUAUUAUCAUAUAAACGCGAAAUAAGACAGUCCAGUGAUGUUUGUCUUGCUCUACAAUUAUCGACGAGCUUUCAAAACAAUAACUACUACAGAUUCUUUCGAUUGAUGAAGAGUAAGGCAACUUUUCUACAGUGUUGUGUUUCCCACAAACAUUUUAAAGAGGCAAGAGAGCAUGCUUUGACAACCAUGACAUCCUCCUAUGGCAAAAAUGCGGCGUACCCAAUUGAAAAGUUAGGCAGUAUUUUGGCCUAUGACGACAUGGAAGACGCAACAUCUGAAUUUUCAGCAUAUGGUAUUACUGGUUUAGAAGCAGGCCAGGUGGUUCUCAAUCGUGACUAUUUGACAUUUGGAGAAAUAAUACCAAUGAAGUGCUAUUCUUGGAUAGAUGCCAAAAGAAAUGCCCCAUAUAGCCAGGUUGUGUACGGACCCGAAACGUUUCAAUAUUUUGCAUCUCGCGCCGAUGUUUCGAAUUCGUUCGACUAUCAAAAUCGAUACCGACAAGAAGAGAAGAAAAUUCAGGAUCUUGUACAAAAAUUAACGAUGAACGUAAUAGAUCAGAUUAUAAUGAAUUUGGCAACUGAAGAACGCAUGAAAUCGAACAUUUUAAAGCGGCAAAAGAGACAAGAAGAAAUGCAACGGAAAAAACGCGAAGAAGAGGAACGAUUAAAGCUUGAGCGAGAAACAAGAAAACGGGAGCAAGAAGAAGCGACUUCGAAAAAGAUCGCUGAAAAUAUUGAACGAGAUACAGUGAAAAGAGGAGUCGAAAAAAUUAUAUUAACAGAGAUGCGAAAUGAACGAAAAAAGAGGGAAAGCCGUAUCGCACAAAAAAUUUUGGAAAAAUUUUGGCAAAAAAAAGUUGUAAAAAUGAUCGAUUCGCGAGUUUUGAUGAUUUGUGAAGAAGCAAUUCAUGACAAGAAUAUGAUCGAGAAUGGGCUAAAAGAUUUUCGAGAGAGAAUAUCCAGACAAUGGAUUCUUCAAUUCUGGAAUCGAUGGAGAGAAGUUACUAUUCUGAAAAGAGAAUACAAGACAAAACGAAGGGAAAUGUUGAAAUUGUGUAUUCCAAAAUGGGAAUCGAAAGAAACUGAAAACGACUUGGUUCGGAAAUUUGAAACGCCAACGGAUUGCUUGGAAGUAGCUCGGAGAAAGCGAAUUCAGACAAUUCAGCUCGAAUCGGAAGAGAAAAAGAGAAAACCUUUGCAAGAGACUCAAGAUCAGUUCAGUUACAUUGAGAUUCCAAAUGGUAAGUAA